AUGUCGUCGCCGCCGAAGGAGAAAAUGGAAACCAAAGGAGGACAUCCCCCCGCAGGUAAAGCGCAUUUAUGCUUCUGUGUUGUUGUUUUUUAAGCUUAGGCCUUUUGUUUCUGCACUGUCCAAGUCCAGAAAUCACAUGAUGGUGGGUGAGUCUUAUGUAAUCCCUACACUUGCAGAUUGACAGUGUGUCUCAGCAGUCAUGGUGCAUAUAAUGUAAUCUGCCACGUUUUCUUCAAUUUCGCACAUUUCCUAACUUCCUGCUUUGUGACAGACCUUGCAACACAAUUUGAUCUGGCUACACUGCAGCACUACAAGGGGAUCAAUAUAGUCUAAUAUAAAGAUUCAGGUUACAAUAGUGCAUUUUCUGCUGGUUAGAUGACGUGGAAGUCAUGGGCUUUGGUCUAGUGGACUGUAAAAAAAAAAGGGGGAGAAAUGAUAAGGUGUACGUGGACCUGAGCUGUGUGGUAGGGCACUGGGCCUCUGCAGCUGCACUGAUAGCACACAAAGAUAACAAGUGCCCCUUACACCCAACCUGUGAUUAGUGGGAGGCACUACAGCAUGUCUGUCUUGUACAAACAUGUCAGUGUCAAUGUCAUGUUAGAGCUGGAUGCCUCACAACUGAGGUCAAAGGUCAGGGUCGACAGACAAAUGGUUUUCCUGCUGCUGUGGAGCAUUCAGGGUUUUGUUGAAGCACACUUAAGCAUGGAAAUUUAUGUAGUUUUUACGGUGGCCGAGAGCCGCCCCUGCUGCAAAUAAAAAAGAAUGCAAAAAAAAGUCACAACAGAAGUUACUGAUGCAAAAAAAAAAAAAGAAAAUAAAGCCUGCUGCAAAUAAAAAAAGAAACGGUGCAGAUAAUUAUUUUAUUUAAAAAGCCACAAUGGAAGUUAAUGACACUAAAAAAGAUGGAUGCAAAUGAAAAAAGGCACAACGGAAGUGAGCUGCCAGGGACCAAUAAUGAUGAUUCACCGGUGUUUAGGCAAUGAAGACGACAGUGAGCAGACAAGCAAAGAAGUUAGUGGAAAGGUUAGUGUUGCAAAUAAAUAAAAAAAAAAGCCACAACCGAAGUUAAUGACACAAAAAAAGUGGUGAUAGAAAAAAAAAGUUACCGAAGACAGUGGUGAGCGACCAGGCAAAAAAGUAAGUGUAAAGGUUAUUGUCUAAUUUCUCUCUUUUUUUUUUUUUUUUUUUUUUAUUGCAUUGCCACAUUUUUUUGCGUCAUUAACUUCCGUUGUGGCUUUUUUUUUUAUUUAUUUAUUUUAUCCGUAAUUCCUCUUUUUUUAUUUGCAGCAGACUUCGGUUUCUUUUUUUUUUCAUCAGUAACUUCCAUUGUGCCUUUUUUUUUUUUUUUUUUUGCAUUCUUUUUUAUUUGCAGCAGUGGCGGUUCUCGGCCACCAUAAGUUUUAACUAAUAACCCCUAAACAUGGUGCUUCAACAGCUAAUCGUAUAUGCUCCUGAAAUAAUCAGCGAGCACAUGUGUGUUUUCCUUUGUCUUGGUGUUUUGCAGUAAAAGCAGGAGGGAUGAGGAUAGUGCAGAAGCACCAAUCGGCUGCUACUCCUGAACCACCACCACCACCAAAAGAUGACGAUGAAGAGGAAUACGUCAGCAGCAGGUACCUCGCCCACACAGUCACAGAGGGAGCACAAACUGGGCCUACUUUGUACAUGUGAUGUCCAAAGGCUAAAAAGGGGGAGGUUCUUGGACAAGAGUCUCUGAUUGUUUUAUUCUUUAUUUCUUGAUAUUAAGUUAACCAAGAGAUUGCAAAACUAAGUUUAAAACAGUUACAGACUGGUGUGAAUGACCACAAGAACUUCAAAGCAACAAACUAUGAGUGCAAAGAAAUUCAGAGUGACAGCAUAUCCAUGUACGAUCAGUGCACGCUUCUUUACACUCUAGUAAGCUCUGGUAUGCAGCACAGCUACUCCUUAGUAUACUUGGAUUUCACCAGUGUACUGAGACUGCUUACCAGUUGCAAGUACUCUUACCCUGUCCUCUACAUAUCACAGUUUAAAUUAACACCUAGAAAAGGUUCCCUGUGCCAAGCUAUGACAUGUUCACGUCUUUUUGUGGCUAUUACAUGACGCUCACAUCUCAUGUCCUUACCCACACCCAUUUUUAGCCUGGUGGAAAAUUGGAUAGGAGCACGCCAUGCAGAGAUGCAGAGGUUUUUCCGUUUGUCUGGCACACCGAGAAAGUUUUUCAACUGAGUGUACAGCAUUUUGUGAAAAUCGGCAUAAUCUUCCAUUUUCUUCAAACUUUUUUGGGCUUUUGUUGUUGAGAUUAGAAAUUGAUCCUUCGACCUGUGCAAUGAGGGUAUAACCUCCUCACCUGCCUCAACUGCAAGGCAUUAUCUGUUAGUAUCUUUUAUUAACUGUGAAAAGUGUCUAAGCAAAUGAGGUGAGUACUGACACUCCCCCUUUUUUUCACUCAAACCAUUAUGUGAAAAAGUUACUUAAAGCUCCUGUGAGGAGUUUUUUGACAUUCAUGGAAUCAGACGAAAUUUAUAUUGAUGCCUUUUUAUGGCAUACAAAAGCGAAAAAGAACAUCAGCAAUAGCGAAGAUGGUUUUUAUGCUGUAAUUUUUAAAUACCUGAAACUAGUGUGAGAGGGUAGGUGUCAGCUGAGCCAAACAGCUGUUUCUACAUUUUCCCCAUUUGACAUCUAAGAAAAAUUUUAAAAAACCACAUGUUUGAGAACAAAAAUAGUUUAUUAGAUGACACUGCUUAAGCAUUCAGGGAACAAAUAAGCAAAGACUCAUUGAUAUUAAUCAAAUGUUCCCCACAGGAGCUUUAAUAAAGUAAUCACAAUAAAAAAAAAAAACAUUUAAAAAAUGUGGCAAAAAUGUGAAAUAGCCAAGACAGAAAAAAGACUUUUCUGCUUUUUGUGUAUUUUUAAGUCAAAGUUGCUAUGUGUACAGCAUGCUGCUUGUAUCAGUUAACAUGUCAUUAACUAUACAUCUAUAUUAAUCCUGUAGUCUGGCAAGCCUCUCAGAAUUUCAAAAUUCUACAAAAUUGUGAAUUUUAAUUUGGAACUUUCUUAUUAUGAUUAUAUAGGGAGUGUAAAGAGUAUGAUUGCAUGUUGUUUUGGACACAGCCAGAGUCUUGUUAGAGAAAGUAGGAGACCUUGUCGUGUCCGUGUCCAGGGACCCAUUAUCUCAUUAUCCUUCUGAACAAACAAAACAAUUCAGUACAUGCAGUUGAGAGAUAAAACUACUACAGCGCCGUGCAACUUAUUUGUAAGUGGACAAUUACACUCAUGCACACACAUGUUAUUUGCAAAUUGUCAGCUAAACUGCUGGCAUGUUUUGCAACAGGCAUGUUGUGUACUACUACAGCAAGCUAAUUGGAUAAGCAGCAUAAUUGCUGCAUAAUUACAACAUUACCUCAAACAGUCCAUUCAGCAACCAUUAUUUUAGUGGUUUUGUUCACACGUUUUGCAUCAGAUUGACUCUCCGAGGAAACGAUGAUUGUUCAGUUUCAUACUCGCAUGUUUGCUCUAAUGUGCUGUUUGCACAUUAUGAGGUCUUCUGCGAUGGACGUGGUGCUUAUUUUCAGAGUAAUGGUGUGCGCAUGUGUCUGCCUCUGCACCCACAUAUGUCUAGUCAAUAUUCAUGAGGACCCGUCAGCCAUGUGCAUAUCAGUACAGGUGGCAUAUUCACACCACAUAUCAGUUUGUGUGUGUGUGACUGUGUGCUAAUGAGAGAUGAAAAAUGAGAGCUGACAAGCCGUGCAUAGCAGCGAGCAGGGUUCAAGAACAUCGCCAGCCAUCAAGAAAUUUAGUACGCUUGUAUUUAUACAUGCAACCUCGAACACUCGCUGAAUUAAAUAUUACAUGUUCUUCAGUGACUCUUCUUGUUGUUGAAGUCUUUUCCUGUAAUUCAAAGCAAGAAUAGCAUCAAGCCCAUCAGUGCUGAUAAGUCAUUUUGUUUUUCCCUGCUCCCCUUUGUGCCGAGAUGAGUGGUAAUAAUAGCAUUAAAGUGAAAAGUGAGGCCAAGUUGAUAGCAGAGGUAUAAAAAGAAACAUGCAAGCUUGGCUUACAUCUGAAGGCUGAAGGCCUGCCCGAAAAAGAAAGAGUAUUCUGUUGAUAUUAAAGUGUCUCCAGUUUCACUUCUGUUGGACGUUGAUCAGGGUGUGACCUGCCUGUUGUGAAUGAACUUCCUUAUUUAGUUUUGCAGUGCUGUAAGAUAUUUAAUCUUUUUAAGGCAUAACUGAGGAAGUAACUGGUGCUGCUACUUGGGACAAUUUCUCAACUGUGGGAAUAAGGCUGUUAACACUGAAAUUAAUACUACUUUUUAUUUAUAACCUUUAAAAGUAAAUAGGAACCAAACAAGGCAUUAGAUGGGACAUCGUCAAAACAGUGUCAAAAGUUUUACUUAACACAAAUAAAAUCAGGAUUAGUUAAAAAAAAGAAGACAAACCUUAUUAACCCCUAAAGGAAAAUUUAUUUAUUUUAAUCACAUAAAUGGGGACUAAACCUGCACAUGCACGAAACAGGAUCCUUUAAAUGUGCACUGAGAGAUACUGUCAGACAAAGAGGGUUGCACACAAGCAAAUGCCCAAACAGUUGGUGGUUUGGUUUCUUACACUUUUAAAAUGACCAAUAAUUAAACUUGCACGCCUACAGCGACCAGUUUGAAUUUGAGCCAAAUUUUGGCCUGUACCAGGACCUGACUCUCAGGUUUCUUAAGCCAAGUCCCUACAAACUGAGAUACUGACAUCAAAUGCUGCACAGGACAAAGACAUGAGGGCCACACUUAGUCCAUACUCAAACACACUCCUACGGUUGUGUGUUUGUAAGGGGCGACAAACAUGUCACAGAGGUGAUUUGAGGUCACUGUGAACCGGUGGAGCAAGCAGGGCGUAACAGCCCGGUGUGUGCUCGUUUGUGUUUUUGUGACGCUCGAGCUGUUGUGUUUGCAUUCUGUGCCUCUUGCGCUUCAACUUUGCUAAAACAAACUGUAAAAAUCACAGACUGAAAAAAAACUAUGUGACUUCGCCGCAGGGUAAGUGUUGCAAUCGCAGAAAGGCCGGCUAAAUUUGUUACCUUUCGAAUUCAAAGUAGGGUUUUGUGUGAUGAAAUAUCUGUAAAUAUUUCUCGUGCGUAAACUGGCUCAGUGAGGCCACAAAAGCUUGAGAAGUUGCUCACAUCACCCCUUUCCCCGAUACUUCCUUUUUAAAACUUGAAGUCAAAGCAGAGACUGGAGGGAGUUAUUCAACAAAUGAGGCAUUUUUAUCACAGAGGGGAACCGUUGAAAAUCAGCCUUACCUGCUUUGUCAUGAAAUGUUUACCUUAACGGAAAUGUACCCGUCUGAGCAUUCAAAAAGAGCCGCUUAGUAGCUGCCCUCCAUCUGUAAAACAGUCCGUGAAAGUCUCUCACUCACACACAUACACUCUGUCUGUCCCUGUCUGUGUCAUGCUGACGGACGUCUAGCAGGUGGCCACUGGGUAAAUUUCGCAUUAGUAGCAGCCAGUGAAGCGGUGUAGUCAGGGGAACACCUGCCGUACCCAAUCUAGCCGAGAUGGACAGAUGGGGCAAAGAGAGAGAUAGGUGGCCUGGAUUAUGGAGAGGAGGAGGAGGAGGAGGGGGAGAAGAUUAUGGUAUGGAGAGCCUGAGAUGCCAUGCUGAUGUAGAAGAUAGGAAAAAUGAGGUUUGACUCGGUGAGAGAAGGAGGAGACGAGCAGGUAGGGGUGAGAUAGAAACAAGAAAGGGAGGCAUAAGCCAGAGCAAACUGGUGACCCAGCAGAGGCUUCCUGCCCACUUACUGUCAGCAGAAUAUUUUUCAAACCAGGAAUAAAUCUUAUAUUUUUUUCCCUUCUGUGUAAAAAUGUGAUGUCAGCAGCCGGUGUCGGAAAAGACGGAGAGAAGGCGAUGUAGCGACACAACUUAAAAAGACACAUGGGAAUUAGUAUGUUGAUUCUUGUUAGUGUGCUUUAUGUACUGCCAACACAUCUUUUGGAUGGCACUGCCAGCAUAAUGUGCGUACGCUUCAUGAUUAUAGGCUUCAUGUCAGCUGCACUGUCACGUCUCCUCCAUGUUUUCGGUGAGAGGUGGAUCUGUUUCACAGCCCCGGAAAAAAAAAAAGCGGGUGGUGCUGCGCGCGUACGCUCGACUUCAUCCCUUUUUGUUGCGCGCGCACACGGUAUGUAGGAACUGUUGCGAAAUGUGCAGUAAGCUGACAGCUCUUGGUAAAAAGUUGAGAAGAGAGGGAGAGGAAAAGAGGAGGAGGUGGAGGAGGAGGAGGAGAGAUGGGCAACAGGCAUCAGUUCCUAUAGCAACCAUCACCUCGCCUACGGCAACAAACUUCCUGCUCUGCUGAAGCAAAGAUAGAUGGGUGGGGUGUUGUUGGUCGUGGUGGUGAGGUGUGGCCGGAGAGCUCAAGCCCAGAAAAAAAACAGAAUCAAAAAUAUGAAUACAAAACUCUACAUCUGACUUAUGAGGAAAUCUGUAUCUGUUUCUCUAUCCCUCUUUUUCUCCCUCAACCGUCUCCUUCCCUACUCUUCUCCUCUUCUCUCGUGGCACAAAGCGUCUCCUCCCCAGGAUUCCUCACAGCUUUCUACUGCCCCCUGCAGGCUCCUUCACCCACCUUAUCCCACCUCCGUGUUAUUUUAGGUUUCCAUCUCUCUCUCCGUGACCUUCUCUUGGUAUCUCCUUCCAUCUUCCCAUACCGAUAAAUAGAUGAAAGGUGUCAGUUGCAUAAUCUUGCAACAAAAGCUUUUGUUCGCGAUCCAGAUGAAGAUAUCACGGCCUGCAGUCGAGUGUGAUUAAGAGGUCUCAGACAGAGGGACUUGUGUCUGUUAGCGAAGCGUGGCUAAAACCUGUCAUUCAGUCGACAAAAGAUGACAGAUAUUUUUAUCUGCAUGGCAGGUGAAAAGGCGAAAGUUUCUGUUAUCUCUCUGACUAAAAAGAGAAGUUUUUCCUCUGUUUGAAGGAGUCGGAUGCUUGUUAGCUGUCUCCCUGACAAGGUAACAGCCCUCACUUCUACCUGUCUGCACAGUCAUGUCUUAUCCAUCUGUCUUCUGUCUCUGUGCCCUUUAUAUCCAAUCCGAGCAACAGCAGGCGAAAUUUGAUGCUUACAUGCCUCAAAUGCAAUGCUGACUUUUCUCUUCUUCUUUCCAAUAUUUCUGGAGUUUUCUUCAGAUGACACAAAAGAGGAAUGUGACAAGCCAGUAUGAGGUGAACAGCAGCCCACACUGUGUCAGGAUGAAAGUGGAUAUCCAACAGAGCAUUGUUUAUUCGCCUCAUCCCCGCUACCUUAGCUGCUGCUAAAAAAUUGAACAUAUGUGCUGCAUGCAUGCUGUCAAAACUUGAUGUUUAGACUUGAAAGAAAUGAUUGAAAAAGGAGUAAACCUGUUAGCUUAUCAUUCUAGCUCACCGUUUUCUGCCUCACCGUGUGAGUUUAAUGAUAGCUGAUACUUCUUCAGUGCAGCAUGGCAGCCAGCCAGAUGUGUUUAAGAUUAAAGUUCAGCCGACAGGUGCUCGCACACUAGCUGACAUGAUGAAACUCUUGUUAGCAUUUGUCACAGCUGAGGGGUUUUUUUUUGUUUGUUUUCUUCAUCUGGUGCCAGCCAAACGCACACUGAGAUAACCCUGUUUUUUCAUUAUUUCUGCUUUUAAGACGAAUGUUAGUGGAAAGUUCGCAAAUCGAAAUGGGAAACACUCGCUGGGCUGUUAAUAUGCAAUAUUUUGGUUAAUUGACUUGCUAAUGGAGAGUUUCUCAGCCUCAUAUUUUGACAUAUGGCAGGUGAGGACUAAUCAAAGCAGCUCAAUAUAUCCAGGCAUCAGUUUAAAAACAGGUGUAAAUAUUCUCAUUAGGAUAGGAGGCGGGGGGCUCUUAAGCACCAAGAUGUUGACUGCAGAGGCAGAUGUGGUGAGAAUACAGAACUGCUGACUGAUCAAAAUCAAAAGUUGUGGACGGAUCAUAAAAUAUUCAAAAGACACAAACAGAUGUUUCCAAUAUUAUGUUUCUGACUAGGGCCCAAACGAUAUGGAUACCGAUUAUUAGAGGGGGAAAAAAUCUGAUUACCGAUUAAAAUUACCGGCUAAAAAAAUAUAUCAUAUACUGUAGAUAUCUAUAGUAUACUAUCUACUGUAGGCUAUUGCUUUUCACGCUGACAGGAAGACUGACUGAUCAAACUCGGACAAGAAAAGCGUUUUCAACCUCGCCGCCGCUGAUCGGUGCCUCCGCGUCUUAACUCACGUUACAUAUUUCUGGUCCGGUCUCAUCUGGAGACAUGCAGCUGCCUCGGAAAGAGAAGUAGCUCGAUCACGUAAUGUGUACUGUUGUUUAUUCUACCGUUACUGGCACGCCUAACAGUGUAGCAAGGCUAAUAGCAGAUGGCUAAUUCUAACUUUAGCUUGCAUGUUACAUGGUGCUUCACUGUUAACUCUGCGUGACCGAGACCAGCACAGCGGGGAACAUCGUGAAGUGGGUUGAACUGAAACUAGUUGACUUAUUGUAUAUUUAACAAGCUGGUUUAUUUACCGUUGAGGUGGACCACUCUCCUCCGUGCGUCCCUGAGCUAACUGCUUCAGAUCCGUCACUCUGCUGUGCUGUGAGGUAGUUAGCGGAUGAAGAUUGUCAUGAGGUCGCUGCGCCAUCUACGGGAUAAGUUGAGGAACUUUUUAAAUGGCGGAACAUUUUAGAAGUGAAACCGAAUCUUAUUCUCCCCAUUUUAUUUCUGAAAAUAUCGGCAAAAAUCUGCAAGUUUCGGACGAUUACAAAUAGUCUCAAAUGGGCUAAUAUUGGCCGAUUUUAUCAGCUUGACGAUAAUCGGUCGGGCCCUAUUUCUGACUGCUGAUACUAAUGCACAUAGUUUUCCCAUUAUAAACAAGGAUUUUAGUGUUAAACUGUUGGUGCUGAGGAAUAGCUCAAAGGGUGGCAGCCACGUGAAAGUGAAGUGGUGGUUUUUUUGAUCAAAUAUGCGUUUAGACACCCAAAAAAUAAAACAAAAAUUCUUGUUGUUUUGGCUCCUCGAGGAGUAGGGAAACCAAAAAGCAAACAAAAAAACUGUAUGAUUUGACCCUGUGUGUAGAGACGCAUCCAAUACUCUAAAUUUAGGGCUCAGGUGGCCGUGCUUAGCCUGGAGCAUGUGGAAAGGCACACCCUUCCUAAUAAGUUGAGGAUAAGUUAAACAAGCGUACUGCGGUGGCUAAUGUCUUUGAGUUGAGUUUUGAAGGUGGUUACCACAACUGUACGCUUUUGCCGCGGGUGACGAUGCCGUAAAUUUAGACGGCGCUCGUUUGUCAUGUCAAGGUCGAUACUUCCCUCAGGUUCCGCAUUCCUCCUCCUCAUCUUUUUCUCUGCCUCCAUCCUUUCUCCUCUCUCUGUGUCUGAGUGAGCGCUGGCCUCCCUCUCCCCUUCUCUCUCCCUCUAUGUUCAGUCUAUUAUUAUAUAGGUAUUUUGCGCCUGUCCGCCUUGCUCUUUCGCCUCCUUUCGCCUCUCUUCCUCCUCCUCCUGACCUGCCUUUCCCCUCCUCGUACCCUUUCAUCCUUACACUCUCUUACUCUCUCCAUUUCUCCUCCUUUCCAAAUCCUAUUCUUUAUCAUCAUCCUCCUCUUUAGCUCUCUUUUCCUCUCCAAGCUUCAUCUUUCUCCCUCCCUGCCUACCUCUCUCCUCUCAUGCUUUCCAUCCAGAAGCUGUGAGCCCCAGUGUUUGGCCAGGAUGAAUGGGAGCUAUUUAAGCUGCUGGCAGGUCCAUCCGGUUUGUGUGUAUGUGUGUGUGAGAGAAAAAGAGAGAGAGAGAGAGAAGGACUGUGGGUGUUUUGUGUUUUAACAACUUGGGAUGUUCGAAAUUGGCUCGAUUUCGCUUUUGGAGGUUCUGAAGUAACCAGAUAAAUAAACGUUUGUAAAUGGUGCCAUGCUAAGUGCAGCAAACUGCACCCUCAACCUGCGAACUACAUGAUUUAUUUACACACAACCCCCCUCAUAACAGCACGGGACUCACACACUGCUUGCCGAGUUGUAUAUUAUUCUGAAAAUAAUUCUUCGUUUUCUGUGCUUUCUCUUUUUGUCCUCUCUAGUCCACCAAAGGUCCCCGUGGUUGUGUCUGGAGUGGUAACAAAGGUAAGGCGCACACAAACACAUUCAGAUGCACACAUAUAAGCAGACCGCCAGGAGUGUUGGAAUAAAUGGUAUAUGAUGAUUUAUAUCUGGGACAUGAGCUCUACAGGGAGAGGUAGAAGCUUGGUGGUGAGAUAGAACUAGAAAGAAGAGGGAAUAACAGGGGCAGACAAAGCCCAGCAGUGAGUCUGUGGAGUGCCAAACAGGAGGAGAGCUAACUUUUAUGUAAGGGAUAAUGACAGGCACUGAGCAGGGUGUUAUCUACUCUUUACUUAGGGAUUCAAAUUCACAUAACCACCCACUCACUAUACAUCAAUCUCCCGGUUACCAGCUAAAGUUAGCACAAAACGUUGAUUAUCCAGAUAAGAAAAAGAGCCCCUCUGAUUCGUUUGAAGGUAAUGAUACCAUGGCAACAGAUUUUCUUCCUCCUCCUUACAGGGACAUUUAACUGAACUUUUCAAAUCACCGUUAAUGGCAGUGUGAAGAUUUUUUCACUUGCUGAGAAACAGACUGAAGCUGAUACCUGAUGGCUCUCCAGGACCUUCAGAAGCAAAAAACCAUCAGCAGCAGAGCUGAUCAUUUUUCUGAAAGCUUGAAAUGGAAAUUUUUUUCACACUGAAAGGUUUCACUGUGAAAGGACAACAGCAGGAUUUUCUUGUCUCAAAAUGCAGCUUUUCAUAUGUACCAGGCAUUCGACAGGUAUCAUUUUGGCCACAGGGGGCGCCAGGACCAACACAAACAAAAAGUUCCUCAUAGCAGUUUUAAAUUAAAGAUUAACCUGCUAAUUUGCCAUCAAUUACAUUAAACUGAACUUUCCAUUAAAAGUAACCAGACAGGUCGAGACUCCUGUCCUGUCUCUCUAUUGGACAGGAUGUUGCUCCUCCUUUUUUCUGCUGUUUGAUUUAACAUAACAUAUAGCAGAAUUGAAUAAUUAAUACAGUGGGCAAAUAGAUAUCAAUAUCUUUGCUUUACACAUCAGAGGUUCAAACAUUGAGCAUAUGAAGUGGUCUAUCUUGGAUCAAGAAAAGAAAAGUUUUUCAUGUUUGAGGUUUUAUUUUUUGGAAUAACUUUUCAUCACUGCAGCCCACAUUUAAGUUACAAAGGUGAGCAUGUAUACAAGUAUAGAAUAAAAACUUUAAGUUUCACAUUAGUGGCAGGGCAAUUUAUUGUUAAAAUGUUCUAUGACAUAGGAUUUUGUUUGUUUGUUUGUGUAACAGCCUUGACCUGCCUCUUUGAAAAGUGGGUCAAAGCCUGCGACGAGCCAUAUUUGUGAUAUUCUCUUUGACCGUACGCCAUUGAUUCAGUGUGAGAGAGUACAGAUGUGUGUUUGUGUGGGAAAAAGUGUCCUUGAGUCUGUGGAUGGCUCCGUUCCCUGCCUGUCAGAGCAGGUAGAUUGUUUGUGGAAGAUUGCAGUGAUAUCAGCAAGGUGGCAGACAUCCCAUUUAUCCCCCGAUCCUCCUCUAGCCUUUCCAUUCGCCCCCUAUCUGCUGCCAUCACACCCAGAGGCUAGCACUGCACAAAGCUGUAGAAAAGCCUUUUAGAAGCUGAGUGAAACACUUCACUGUGUGUGUGUGUCUGUUUGUGGAGUUGGUGACCUGCUGGGAUUUUUUUUUAAUGUAAAAAAUAAGACCUUUCCUGGCAUCGUAUUUUGAUAUCUGGCCUCUUUUCUCGCCACAAUGACUUUCUCAAGUGAUUGUCUUGUAAAAACUAUUUGACCCAAGUUACUCAAGUUGGCCUUCUAAAUCCAGGUGGCUGAAGAAAAACUCUGAAGUAAAAGAUGAAGUUAUUUUAGGUUACACAAAUAUGCAAAGUUUUGUAACGUGCGAAACUUUUAAAGGGAUAGUUUGGUGUUUUUUGGUUUGGUCGCUUAAGUGUAUUACCCUCAGUCAGCUUACCCCUUUUGUUGGGAAACCAUCAGGAGCACUGGCACAGAGGCUGGGCUGCAGAUGGAGCCAACCUUUCUAUAUGAUUAGCAUAUUUUAAAUUAGUUCAAGACAUUUAAUAGUGAUGACAGUAUGAAUUAACAUUUAAUGUGGACAAUUAUCUUUAGGUUUGUUGUUGAAAAGCAUAAUUUUUUUUGCACUAUUACAGGCACAGCAUAUACUGUAUGUUAAUCCGAGUGUACUGAGUCAACUUGUCUUAUACCAAGUACACAGUAUACUGUGAAUUUGGAUACUGAUGCAUCUCAUUUUGAUAUAAUACUCAGGAGAGUGAGACCAAUGGGCAGAUUGAUGGUAUUUUGACAUAAUCGUUUUUGUAUACCAUGGGUUGUGUCAUCAUGCAGUUAAAAAAGAGGGGCAAAAACUCACCUUGAAGACUUGCAUCCACUUGUGAUUUCAGUUUUUAUGAAUAAGCUCCUGAAAAUAAAAAUAAAAAAGCGGGUUAAACCGCGGCAUCCAGUGAGGCAGGCAUGGUGCGUGAUGCAGACUGCAGCUGCGUGUUAGCUGCUUGUAUCCUUUGAAUCAAAAAGCCCAUGAAAAGGUGUUGUUAACAAUUCCCACUGACACAGUUUGCAGGCAUGGGAUCACAGUUUACACACCUGCACCACCAGAUUACCUGAAAUCUCUCAGCACAGGAAUUUCUCCUUCUUCUCAUUCGGCCUGUGAAGUCUUGUUCUGUAUCUGCAAAAAAGGCAUGUUGGUCAUUCAUGAAUUGAAGUCUCUCGAUUUGUGUCUGAAAAAAGUGCUAAAAUAUGCUACACUUUCAUUAAUGGUUGGGUCAUACUUUCCUUAAAACUGGCUUAAAUCAUAUUGUAGAGUUGACCCAUUUGCAGCAGUUAAGAGUUUAGCUCCUGUGUUGGCUCAUCAUUGAUUCAGGCAGACCAUCACAAAGGAUGAAAAGAAACCAAAAAUCUAACGUUUCUUUUCAUCUUUAUUAAAAUAUUACGUAACGGUGAAAAACAUUCAGCAUGUUAGUGUCUUGAAACAGACUCGAACAACGCAUAUUUUUCAGCUACCUAUGCACCCUCAGAAGUUUUUCAAGGAAAAUGAGUCAUAUGGUGAAAAGAGAAUAAAUUACAUUUACUUCUCUGAAUGGGGAAAAGUGAGAGCUGGAAACAUGUCUUGCCAAUCACAGUGACUUCUUUUCGCACAGUGGCGCUGUUAAUACAGUUAAUUUGUUGCUUUCCAGCUCAUACCUCUGCUUCAAUAGGACAGCGAUAGAGGAGACAGAAGCUCCGAGCUUCACAAGAGAGAAGAAGGCCAAUUGGAGGUCAAAUCCAUCCACAUCCCAGGCUGCUAGCUGGGGAAUUGGCUUUAAAUGAAAGGAACACACACACACAGAUUUACACACUUAUACACACUGUAGCUGUUUGGUCCCACCUACACACAUGCAAGGAAAUUGAGUGUGCGUACAGUAUAAAUCAACACACAUACAGUACACGGAGGAUUCGGGUCAAGCAAGGAUGGAGUGGGCGAGUGGGUUCAGCAGAUUGUUCAGAUUGUGUGUGCAUGUGGGCAUGUUUGUUUGUGUUUUGUGUUGUUGUGAUUUAAUUAGUCAUAAAACUAAGUCAACAGAAUCAUUCUUAGGUCAGAGGAAAUGUAGGAACGGUGUAUUUUCUUGUUUUGUUUUUGAUGGGGUGCUAACAUCCACACACAGACAAAAGGAGAGGAAGCAUGUUAAAACACAGCAUUUAAGGUUAAAAUAGAAACCUUUUCAUAUUCAUCCACUUAAGCAUGCAUACAUUCAUGUAAUCUGUGUUAAACGCCUCAUUUUCAUGAAUGUGCUGUAAGCAGUGGGUUUCCCAGCUGCCACGAAAGGAGCACAGACUGGUGAAUGUAAAAGAGGAAGGAGGGAAAAGAUGCAAAUAAAGCAAAUAAGGAAGGCUUUUAUAUGUCGCAUUGUUUAUGGGUCUUUGAAUUUAGAUAAGAGAUUGAGCUUGUGGAGCAGAAAAGAACUGAGAUGAGCCCUCUUUACUUCAUUUGAGUCGUGCACUUUGGGGAUUUAGUCGCCGUAAUUAUGAUUAUCAGAGUGGAAGGGUUUAAAAAUGGGCUGUGAAGUAGGCGUAAUGUUUAUGUUUACCAACACAAACAUGAACCACAAAAUUAUCAAUAUUACUGAAUGUGACAACUGUCCAACUGAAACCUUUCCACUCUCUUGCACCAACUGUGUUUGAACACUUUUAUCUCGUCUGUAGUGGCUCACUGUGAUUGCUGGUAACAACAAAGAAGGCCCUGAUUUUUUUAGUGAUUUCUUUUCAAUUGAAUUUAAUUGACUUGUUUUUUUUUUUUGUCUUCAGGGUGAUAAAGACUUCACCCCUGCAGCUGCCCAGGUGGCCCACCAGAAGCCGCAGCCUGGUGUCCCAAAGCUGCCCUCAGUCCAGCAUAUCAACCACCAAAUCCACCAGCCCCGCAAGUGA